CACUGACAAGGUUCGAUCAUAUAUCUGUCAAGGCCAGGACUCAAUGAUAAAGGACUGAAAAUCUAACCAGCUAAGCCAAACAGUCACAUCCACAAUGUACAGAAGUUCAAGGUACAUUGUACUACGAUGCACACCAUUGAAUGCCUCCUAGAGGAAAGCAGGUAGCUAGAAGAGGCCGAGCAGGCAGUUCACGUGCAGCAGCUGUGAAAAAAGACGCUAUAAAACCUAUUGACGACGAAGAAGACAAGAAGAUGGAGGAAGGGGGUGACCUGGUGGAUGUUGAUUUCACGGUGUCUGAUCAGGAGGAAGAGGAGGAAGACACCAGUAAGGGGGAAGAUACCGGGGCCAAGGAAGAGAAGGAACAGGAGAGCGAGACAACAGAGGCUGCAAAUAACGAAGAUAAAGAGAAUCACGCUGAUGAAAUAGAGCUGAAAGCGGUGGAGCUAAUAGAUGAAGAUGAAGAUGCUCUGGAGGAAGAACUGAAAGAAGAAGAGGGCAAAGAGGGGGAGGAGAAAGAGAAGGAAAGGAAGGAGGGGGAUAGAGAGAAGAAGGAAGGAGAGGAGGAUAAAAAAGAGGAAAAAGUGGAUCCUGAUGCACCAGAAAAAACACUUCUGACACAUGUUGUUAAGGGACCUGUGCGAAUCUCCGUUUUGACCGUAGCUGAUCUGAGUAACAGAGAUCUCCAGUCACUGAUUCAGAAAUCUGUCAAGGCAACGCUGGACUAUGAUGAUCGAAAAGGAACAGUGACUAUGUGGUAUAAUCCAAGGCGCAGUAGGAAGGCCAUUGAUAUCUUGUCUGGUCUGGCCAAACUAAAGCUGACGAAUGAUGAAAUCAGUGUGGCCUGUCCUAGAGCUUUUGCAGCAUUGUUGGCCACGGAGAAAAGAAGAGAGAAGUUUCCAAAUUUUGAUGGAGGUCAGAAAAAAGAUAAGUCUGCUUAUUGCACCAAUAUUCCCCCUGACACCACCGAGGAGGUCUUGAGAGCUAUUUUCCCAGAAUGCACCAAUGUCCUUAUCCCCACUAAUGAAGAAGGUGAAAACUUUGGGUGUGCCAUUCUGGAGUUUAAGAGUGGACAGGAGGCCGCCAGCUGUGUGGAGGGGAACAAGGAUGUAGAGGUGGGGGACCACAAGAUCAAGCUCAGCCACUGCUACCCCAUGCCAGAUCACGUGCAAAAGAGGUUAGAGGAAGAAAGAAAGCAUGACCGACCCAGAGAAAAGCACAGCAGGCCAACAGGUAGCAGGUUCUCUAACCUCAGUGGUAGACGAACCAUGCCUGUAAAACGCCUGGGUACCAGCCUGUCCACUAGGUACAAGUUCGGUGCUAACAGCAGACCAAGCAACAUCAGAGGAGGACGCAUGCAGCGUGGUGGUGUUGGCAUGCAACGAGGUGGAGUUGGCAUGCAGCGCGGUGUCAACAGAAGCAACUUUGGUGGCAACAUGGGGUCUAACAGGAAUACAGGUCCAUCAACUGAGAUGUUGGUAAACCAGAUGUCAGCUUUAACUAAUAUGGUGAUGACCAGUCAACAGAAACUGGCCCAGCAACAGAACCUAGUCAGACAGAUGGCCAAUCAGCAGAACAUGAUGAGUAACAUGAAUACUGGGAUGUCUGGUGGUGGAUCAAUGGGUGGAAUGGGAGGUGGUGGUGGACGGGGGUUCAAUGACAUGGACAACAUGAAUGAUGGCCGAAACAGGAGGGAGUCGUUUGACCGGGGAGGGGACAGGAUGGGAGGGGGCAGAAUGGGUGGAAUGGGAGGGUCACAGAGGUCCCAAGGAAGGCGUGACGACUUUGACUCCAGAGGGGGAUCAGGAAACAGACGGAACAUUAGCAACACUCCAGGUAAUAUUCCACCAGGAGAAUCUGCUUGCUUCAAAUGUGGACAGGAUGGUCACUGGGCAAGAGAAUGCCCCAACCAGAACCAAAGAGAUAGAGCUCCUGCUUCAAUCAGUUCUGAUCGUGGUCAUGGAGGGAACAAGAUGGGAGGGGGUCCUAAGCCUGGGGACAUGUGUAACAAGUGUGGAGAAACGGGCCACUGGGCCAGAGAGUGUCCAAACCCUCAGAGAAACCCCAAACCAAGUGGAGGUCACAGUGGCAGACAAAGCUUUGGUGGAAGGCAAGAUAACUAUGAUUCAAAAAGAUAUGAUGUGGAUCCUCCAAGAAUUUCUGACGAUGUACCCUUUAUGACUGGCAUUGCCAGUGGCAGUAGCAGUCAGAGGUUUGAUGACAACUUUGACAGAUUCCAGUCAAACAAACGCAAGAGUGAUUAUGACGAUCAUCGUGGACCAAAGAGAUCUAAUUAUGGAGGUGGCCAGAGAGGGGGUGGAGGAGGCAACAGACGAGAUAGCGGUGGGCGAGGCUUUGGUAACUACGGCAACCGAAGCCAUUCCCCAAACAGACGUAACCCCAGACAGGAGUCCCCACGGGAGAAAACCUGGACCUCAGCCCAGUCCAAGUGGGAGCAGUACAACAUGUCAAAGCAGGGCGGUGGUGGUGGAGGAGGUGGGAGUUCGCGGAAUUAUGGGAAUGACAACUAUGGGGGCAACAACUAUUACUGAAAAGGGAUGUGAUCGUGAUUAUUUCAUGUUAAA